GAAGUUCAUCCGGUAGCGGGUACCGGCGGGACGUGUAGCGCGAUGCACGAACUAUUGAUGUAGGCGAUACGGAACAUCCGUCGUAUCUGCCUAUGCGCGCCGUACACAAGGUCUAACGACCUUUGUACUUUCGGGUCUAGCGGAGCUUUUUCUCGGCUUUCGACGUCUUUUCGCUUGUUGUGUUUUGGGCGCGAGAUUUUUGUAUACGCACGCAGGCGAAACAGUGUUCCGGCUCUACCGGACGAUAGGCUUUUUUCCCUCCCUCGCGCCUCUACCACCCUUCUCUUCUGUAUACGUCACCCUGUCUAUGCUCCCCCGCCGAAAACUUGAUAACGCGAGCCUUUGUCCUUAAAGGUCCAUUGUUUCGUCCUCGCAGAAUCAUCUUCCGCGCUUUGUGUGUAUCUCCUUAGUCCUUUGCCAAGCCACACAAAACCUUACGAAAAUUUUGUUGUCUUUGUCUGUCGCGCCAACUCGUUAUUCAAAUUUAUGUUUUACUUGAGACGUUUGACGUAUCGUUUUUUACAUUUUUUCGCGCAAGUAUCAGUGCGUAUACGUAUUAGCUUUUGUCAACAUCUCUCUGGAAUCUAGGUUUAAUUUUACACAUACAUCCAAAAUUGUCAUAUAUUUUCUACUAAAGAAGAAUAACAUUAAAAUUAUAUAAAAUGGUAUCUACCAGGCAACAAAGUAGUAGUAGUUCUGGUUCUUCAACCAAAGUGGUUGUUAUAACAAAACCAGAGAAAAAUUUCAGUGUAGUUAAUUUAGGCCAAAGUAGUUCCAGCCAUAUUAAUUUGCUAGACCUUCCAUAUGAAAUUCUUGAGAAGAUCUUAUCAUAUACCAAUUUCAAACAUAUAUCUCAACUAAGAUCGGUUUCUCGGCAUUUCAAUGUAGUGUGUAGUACUAUGUUAAAUUCUACUUUUCAACGUUUGCAAAACCAAAUGUUAAAUCGCUUUCAAGUUAUUAAAACAAAAAUGCCCAGACGAGAAUCUGCUAGGCGACAACAUCCACUUGCAUGUGAAUCUGAUAUUGUUGAAACACUUCACAUGAGAUUAUUAUUAUUGCGUAUGGCAUUUGGUAAACAUAUUGAAAGAAAACAUAUAUGUUUUUUUGCUGGAGAGAUUUUAGAUGAAGUGUACAAAAUAUUACAUUAUAUUAAAGUUACUUCAAAGUUGGCUAGGCCAUAUAAAGUGACCGAUGAACUAUUUGACUUGUCCACAAUGGCCAUGGAAUAUUUUAGGGAAAAAAUUGAACCAACUCUUCCAGAAAUUAGACUUUUUGCUAAUGAUUAUCAUGAAUUUCCAUCACCUUUAGGUCCACCUAAUACUAGAACUAUUACCAGUAUGUGUCUGAGAAAACGUAGUUUAAUGAUACGUGAAGGUUCGGUUUCAAGUUUAGAAGGUAAAAGAUCUUCAUCAGAAAGUCCUCAAUGUGGUUCUAUGUUACGAAAGAAUGUAUGUAAAAUUAAACAAGGAAUAAAAACGUCUCAAAGUUGUCAUUUGGAACGAGAUUUCUUAGAUUUACGGAAACAAUUGCGCAAAACAUCAACUCAAGUAGGCAAUGUGCAGCGCGAGUUAAAACAAUGCAAAUCGCAAAUGGCUGAACAACACAAAACAUUGGUAGAAUAUUCGAAUAGGAUGGAUGAAUAUGAUAAGAAGAAUGAAGAAACAAAUCGAAAAUUCAGUACAUUGUUACAAGAACUUAAUAAAUGCAAGACAGAAAUUCAAUAUUUACAAUCGGCUUCUUCAUCGUCUACACUUUCAGUUUGCUCAUCCUGUAGUACUACUGCAAGUGAUCUAUCAUUAGCUAUGGGACCACCUGCUUUAAAUUCUACUACCAAUGCUGUACGAACUAGACUACAUAGUCAAGGUGACCAAAUUCCUGAAAAUACUAACAAGGAUUCUAUGGAACAGAGUGAACCAGUAGUAUUCGACGAAGUAAAGAGUUCUGAUGAACAGGAACCAUCCACUAGUACUGGUGUUAAGCGUAAAUUAGAAUUGGCUAUUCCUAAAGCUGCUAAGCGUGUCAGGGCUGUAGCUAAAAAAGUACGCAGCAUUAAUAACGUUAACUAGACAAUAAUUAAAUUAUAAUGAAAAUAAUAAUAAUUUUUUAUCGAAACGAAUCUACCUCUCACAUUCAUAUAGACUUAAAUUGAAUUUGAAGCAUAAAUUUUAGAUACAAAUUAAUAUUUAGUUAAAAGUCUUAUCAAUCACAAUUUAAGUAUAAUUAUCUUUUCCAU